AGGUGGGUUUUUCCUUCUCAAGAUGGGUGGAUUUUAUAACAGGGAUUCUAGCAAUGCCGACGAUGCAGAAGUAGAGAACUUGCUGAAUCAGUUCCAAGAAGAGAGUGUGCUCAAGCUGAGCACCGUGGGUACUAGUCACAGGACCGCUAAAGGAUUCGAAGCCCCUCCUAGCAGUGGUGAAAGGCAGGACGAUGGUGGUGGGCUGGAGGGUAAUCUUCUCGUUCGAUUCGCGAACCUCAAGUCUCGACCACCACCACCAGCGGCAGCAGCAGCAGUGAAGAAAAAUCAUCAAGGCAAAGACACAGGUGUCGACAUCCAUGCCAAGAAAUCUUCUCGUUCACAGCAAGAGCUUGAUCUUACUCUAGAUCAGGAGGAGGAAGAUCAUGAAGAAGAAGAGGAGGAGGAGGAAGAAGACGUCUUAGCCGUUGAGCUCGAGAACAGGCUCAAGGCACUCAAGUCUCCAUCAAGUGGUUCUCAAGAAUCACACUCUUUUCAUGGAGCAAAUCCUCCGGAGCAGCGUCAGCAGGUCAAGGUUUCGUCGUCUCCUUCAGCUCUUUCGUCAUCCUCCUCAUCUUCUUCCAGCAAGAACCGAUCUUUCUCCCCGAUGAAGAUGCUGAAGCAGCUUAGCAUGACUAAGAAGAAAGAUCCAACGAGAAGCCAGUCGCGAUCCGACGAAGGAAGCUUCUCUUCUGUGGAGAACGAUGGUGUUAACAGGUUGCUAGCGUCCGCGGCCGACGAAGUCUCGCUGGAGAAGAAGAAGAAAAAACAGAAGAAGGAGAGCCAGUCUCUAGGUGGAAGUGCCAGAAGCUUUGAAACAGAAGGUGGUGACGAGGAGGAGAUCGAUGCGGAUGGCCUUCUCCGGGACUUAAACGUGAAGAACCUUAAGAAGGAGCUCUCGGUGGCAUCGGUCGAGGAGGAGAGACUGACUCGCGAGGCUCAGCAAGUCAUCGAGUGGGCCAAGGACGCAGCUCGGCUCGAGAAACUGGCAAAUCCCGCGGGAGGAGGCAGUGAUGAGGAUUCGGACCUGGAGGAACUCCUGAGGAUGGAGCACGAAAACGCAGAAGAAGAACACGAUGGAGGAGGAAAGCUCCACUCGCCAAAGGACAGCUCCAAAAAGAAGAAGAAAAAGGCCAAGAAGUGGAGCUUGUUUUGAGCCAGAGCAUCGCUGCGAGAUCUCAGUAAUGCUAUCGCUCUGGCAAUACGAACAAAGUUAUAACUUAUCGGGAAUUCAUCACGUAAAUUUGGAAACUUAGGAACUCUGGCCUCGAUCAAUCGAAAGAACACGACAAUGUUUCUUCGGUGAGAUACACAGGGUUGACAUGUGUAAGUCCAUCGUUUGCUUAGUAUAAGCAGUGAUCGAAGCCUUUUAUUUC